AGGCGGGUGCUCUGGGUUGCUCCUCCUCCGCUAAGGUUUCGGCGCGGGCGGGUACGAUGCGCAGACUCGGCCCUUGGCUAAAGAUGGCGGCGGCGGGUGAUAAACAGAAACACGAGCACGGGCGGGUGAAGAUCGGGCAUUACAUCCUAGGCGACACGCUCGGCGUCGGCACCUUCGGCAAAGUCAAGGUUGGCAAACAUGAGUUAACUGGGCAUAAAGUUGCAGUGAAGAUCCUGAAUCGACAGAAGAUUCGCAGCCUUGAUGUUGUAGGAAAAAUCCGCAGGGAGAUUCAGAACCUCAAGCUCUUCAGACACCCUCAUAUAAUUAAGCUGUACCAGGUCAUCAGUACGCCAACUGAUAUUUUCAUGGUGAUGGAGUAUGUUUCAGGAGGAGAGCUGUUUGAUUAUAUCUGUAAAAAUGGAAGGCUGGAUGAGAAGGAAAGUAGACGUUUGUUCCAGCAAAUCCUUUCUGGCGUGGACUACUGUCACAGGCAUAUGGUAGUACAUAGAGACCUGAAGCCUGAAAAUGUGCUGCUUGAUGCACACAUGAAUGCCAAGAUAGCUGACUUUGGUCUAUCAAAUAUGAUGUCAGAUGGAGAAUUUUUAAGAACAAGCUGUGGUUCCCCUAAUUAUGCUGCGCCAGAAGUAAUUUCUGGAAGAUUAUAUGCAGGUCCAGAAGUAGAUAUUUGGAGCAGUGGGGUUAUUCUCUAUGCUUUGUUAUGUGGAACGCUUCCAUUUGAUGAUGAUCAUGUCCCAACCCUUUUUAAGAAGAUAUGUGAUGGUAUCUUUUAUACCCCUCAGUAUCUGAAUCCGUCUGUAAUCAGUCUUCUGAAGCACAUGCUGCAAGUGGAUCCAAUGAAGAGAGCAACAGUCAGAGACAUUAGAGAACAUGAAUGGUUUAAACUGGACCUUCCAAAAUACUUGUUUCCUGAAGACCCAUCAUAUAGCUCUACGAUGAUUGAUGAUGAAGCCUUAAAAGAAGUGUGUGAGAAGUUUGAAUGCACUGAAGAGGAAGUGUUAAGUUGUCUGUACAGCAGAAAUCAUCAGGAUCCUUUAGCAGUUGCUUAUCACCUCAUUAUAGAUAAUAGAAGAAUAAUGAAUGAGGCCAAAGACUUCUACUUGGCAACAAGCCCCCCAGAUUCUUUUCUUGAUGAUCACCAUCUGUCUCGCCCUCAUCCUGAAAGAGUGCCAUUUUUAGUAGCUGAAGCACCUCGUCCUCGCCAUACUCUUGAUGAGCUGAAUCCACAGAAGUCAAAGCACCAAGGUGUAAGGAGGGCUAAGUGGCAUUUGGGAAUACGAAGUCAGAGUCGACCAAAUGAUAUCAUGGCUGAAGUUUGUCGAGCAAUUAAACAACUGGAUUAUGAAUGGAAGGUUGUAAAUCCAUACUAUCUGCGUGUCCGAAGGAAGAAUCCAGUUACCAGUGCAUAUUCUAAAAUGAGUCUACAGUUGUAUCAGGUGGACAGCAGGACAUACUUACUGGACUUCCGUAGCAUCGAUGAUGAAAUUACUGAAACGAAGUCUGGGACUGCAACUCCACAGAGAUCAGGUUCUGUGAGCAACUAUAGAUCCUGUCAAAAAGAUUCAGAUGCUGAUGCACAAGGAAAAUCUGCAGAUACAUCCCUUACCUCAUCAGUCAACUCAUCGCUUGACUCUUCUACAGCUGACUUAACUCCAAGGCCAGGGAGUCAUACAAUAGAGUUUUUUGAGAUGUGUGCAAAUCUUAUUAAAAUACUUGCACAGUAAUUUUGAAGAUGGGCUUAUUUCUCUCACAGCAAUAAGCAUGCCUAAAUCAUAGCCAGAUGCUUCCAGUUAUAAUCAAGUUAAAUUUACUAAGGCGCUGAGAAAGCUAGCCACAGAAUGCAAUUUGUACAGGAAUUGAAAUGAUUAUGGGCAGUUCACAUGUACUUGAAGCUGGAGAGAAUUCUGAUUGUCUGCUGUCCAGUAGCAGAGGUGCAGGAAAUCACAUGCCCUUGAGGCAGCAUUCGUAACAAUUUAUGUUGAGUGCACGUUAGGCUGCAUAUAACAUUUAAGUUAGAUGGACUUUGUUUUUUUUGUUCUUUUUUUUUCACUGGUAAUACAUACACCUGAUGCACUGUAAGUAAAUGUACACUUACUAGUUCAGUGCCCUGAGUAUGACUUGUUGGUCACUAAGCGCAAUUGUGACUCAGUUGGUCAGAACUGUCAACAUCUUCUAAGAGUAAUAUGUUAAAACUGCUGUCUUUCUUCCCCUCCCUUACUUGACAGUAAAUGAUAAAGAACUGUUUAAUGCAUUAGAGUGUACUCCUUUUAGCAACGGGUAGAUUUGAUUAGAUGCAUGCAGGUUCUACCAGCUGGAAACAUACGCAGGUGCUCUGUAAUGCACUAAGGAUGAAAUUCCGUGGGCUGUGAGUAGAACAGAAAUAUCAAAUAUAUAUAGUUUGCAAAAGCUGUUUAUGUAUAUCCAGAGAUGUU